UCAAUGCCUAUUUCUGUGCCUGGUCUGGCUGCUGGACUCAUGGUCCAUGAUAGAAGCCUGGCUUCGAGGAGUCCAGAAUAAGUAGGGGAAAUGGGGAGCAGAUGGUGACCAUGAGGGGUGGCAUGGGAUAACUAGGAAGGGCACACUCCAGCCAGGCUCACUAUUCUACACCCACAUCUGAAGCAGCAUCUCCAGGGACUCAGAACAUGCUGGGAAAGCCCAGUCAACAAGUCAGAUCUGCCUUGUUCAGUUAUUGCACCGUCUCCUGCCUGACUAGCAGCAGGCAUACCCCACCGUCCCAGCACCCCAUCUGGCCACAUUUCCUGAGAGGUCCACGUGGUUGGACAUAGACAUUCCAGCUUGACAUCCCUGUAGGGCGGUAAAGGUCUUGCUGUGCUAGAAUAUAAGGUUGACCAAGUAGAAUUCACGAACACUGAGUAGUGUGAGCUGGAGCCCAUCAGGACCUGUACUCACUCUCCUGGCCUGGGGGCAAGAUCUGGAAUUCAGAGGUUUAUGUGUACCCCACCAAACCUAUUGCUAAGAAGGAAUGCCACUGGCUAUAGAACAAAGAGAAGCAGUUGUGCAAUUCAUACUUGAAAGGUGUUAAUUGUUGAAAGCCAUUGUUAAUGCUGAGACUGAAAAUCUCAGUAGAGGCACUUUAUUGUGCCAGAGACACCCGGGACCAUGAAGACAUCUUCCUGGUAGGGGACAAUCAUUUCCACUCAGAGUGGGUAUUCAGUAUCAGGUGGGUAUGGCUUCCCCUCUCCCAGUCUGCUCCAGGGGCCAUCUGGAAGGGACAGUUGCCUCCACUUCUCCCCCACAGCAGGAAUCAAACAGCAUGAGCAAUAACAGCUUCCAGAACUGGGGCAGGACAUCCUUGGGCCAAAUAAUGUGGCUCGAGAAUGCAGCUGUUUCAGUCUGAAGGAAAUGCCCAGGCACUUCUAACCUGAGCUCACCUCCACCACUCUUGGGCUCAGCCACAAGCAAUCAUGUGCAAAGAUGACUCCUUUCCUGCAUGACUGGGAGCGACAUGUGUGACCCUUCCCAGGGCCCCUCCCAGCAAGGGCAGCAGAACCAUCUGGAAAGCCGAGCCACCCUGGGCACCGCCAGAGUGCUGAGGAAUUCUCAACGCUGAGACAGGGGCUCCCCGGAGACGAGUUCUGCACAAAACAUACCCAAGGACAGUCCAGGAUGACAGGGACCCGCAACUGGCGAGCCAUGCAGGACAUGUGCCGAUACCGGCACCACUACCCGGAUUUGGUGGAACGAGACUCCAAUGGGGACAUGCCCAACUUGAGUUUCUACAGAAAUGAGAUCCGCUUCCUGCCUAACGGCUGUUUCGUGGAGGACAUUCUUCAAAACUGGAAGGACAACUAUGAGCUCCUGGAGGACAAUCACUCCUACAUCCAGUGGCGGGGAGCUGCACUGGGCCACCUGCCCCUAAAGGGCCUGCACCAUCCAUGUCUGCACAGGCUGUUUCCUCUGCGGGAGCCGGGAGUGAACUGGCAUGCCAAGCCGCUCACACUCAAGGAGGUUGAGGCGUUCAAAAGCUCCAAGGAGGUCCGGGAGCGGCUUAUCCGGGCCUACGAGCUCAUGCUUGGCUUCUACGGCAUCCAGCUGGAGGACCGGGACACAGGCGCCGUGUGCCGGGCACAGAACUACUACAAGCGCUUCCAGAACCUGAACUGGCGCAGCCACAAUAACCUUCGCAUCACCCGCAUCCUCAAGUCGCUGGGUGAGCUGGGCCUGGAGCACUACCAGGCCCCGCUGGCUCGCUUCUUCCUCGAGGAGACACUGGUGCGGCAUGAGCUGCCGGGCGUGCGCCAGAGUGCCCUGGACUACUUCCUCUUCGCUGUGCGCUGCCGGCGCCGGCGCCGUGAACUCGUGCACUUUGCCUGGCUGCACUUCCAGCCCCGCUGCAAGUUUGUGUGGGGGCCCCGAGACAAGCUGCUGAAGUUCAAGCCCCAAGUCACAGUCCAGGCACUGGCCAGCCCCAGACAGGUGGAGCGAGACAAGGCCCUGGAGGACGCCCCCCUGGAAGCCAGCACCCAGGCUCAGACCUGCGGGCCAGAGAAGGACCAGGACGGGGACAGCGCGUCGGCUGAGGGUCCCCAGCCGCUGGGUGAAAAGCUCCAGGACACGGGAAACCAGGAGGGGUACCAGCAGGAUCAGGCCGACCCCCCAAGCCCCAAAGAGAGCAAGAAGAGGAAGUUGGAGGCCAACAGGCGGGAGCAGGCCCCAGGGGAGCCGGGCCCCCAGGGUGUGUCCGAGGUGGAGAAGAUAGCCCUGAACCUGGAGGGCUGUGCCCUCAGCCAGGGCAGCCGUGACCCAGGGGAGGUCGGGCAGCCCUGUCCCGAGCCCCCAGAAGCCAGCGCGGCUGAUGAAGUGAGGAAGCGGAGGAGGGUGGAGGAGGAUGCGGGGGGCAAGGAAGUGGUGACCCGUGGUGGCGCCCAGAUGCCAGGUCCUGCCCCGGCGGAGCACCCUGAGGUCCAGAAGUGGGAUGGGGGCGAGGGCGACCUGGAAAACCAGGCGGGCCCGGAGCACGGUGCUCCCAGGAGGCCGUCAGACCGGCCUGGGCCUGCCGCGGCAGGGACCUCACGAGGUGAGACAGAGGUGGCCAGGAUGGAGCCUUCUGUCGAACCUGGAAAGCCUUAAGGGGCAGGAGCCAGCGGCAUCCUGGCCCUGCCUGGCCCCAGUGUGGGGGGAUCUGGGGCCCCGUUGCUGGCUCUUCAUGGUACCCAGCAGUGCUGGCCUCUCCCUGGUGGUCACUACAGUGGCCGCCAGAAGGACUGAGGCCCUGCCCUCAGGGAAGGCCAAGGCCUUCAGAACCCUCCUUACCUCAUUGCAUCCCCACCCGGCUCUCCCUCUGAGCCCCCACGUUUGUAAAUAUGUGGAGGGAGGCCUCAGCGGGAGGGGUUCAUUUUCUUAGUCUGGUGCCAAGUGAGGCCUUUUCUGAAUAAACUCGCUUGACUUUGA